AUUAGGGUAGAAUCAAAGAGAGUGUCUUGCAUUUAUGGUUCUCUUAGUGGUCUUAUUUUCCAAAUGUGUUACACAAGUAUGUGGGCAAUAAAAUUUAGAUUUUUAUUCGGAAUACUAGGAGUAACUAUAGCAUUAUCAUGUUUAUUAUUUUAUUAUACAAGAUUAUGUCAUUUAAAUUUUGGUAAAAUUGAUAAAAGCGGCAAAGGACUUAAAUAUUAUCUCGAAUUUGAUCCUGAAUUGAAGGAUGAAUAUGAGUAUUCAAAAUUAAAUAUUGUUGAUAAUGAUGAAUCUCAUUCAGGAAUAUAUUACGGUAUUGUUCGUUAUUGUGAAUUCAUUAAAACGUUACCCAAUUUUCUUAAAGAAUGGUUGAUAAACGAUCAAAAACAAAGAACGUCAAAAACGGGAAGUAACGAUCCAAAAGUGAUUAUUUUAUAA